AGAUGUCAGGGCUUGACGACCGGAAAAAACUAACACAUGCAAAAAAUAGGAAGCCUCUCAACGACAUUCCGAAAUCCGCUGAAAACAGACCAAAUACAAGAUCUACUUCGAGUCGACGCGGUGCGGAAAAGGACGUUCCCAUCACUUUCAUCGGGAGUUCUCGAACUGUGAAAGCCGAUCUGCCCGAGUUCACAAAUACUCGCUCAAGACGUCCAUUGCAUUCCGAGUCGAAGAAGGAAUUGUCUCGGAACCCGGUUUCGAGAGGUGAAGAACAUAGCAGUUCUUUGCCAAAAUCCUCCCCAGAAUCAUCCGUGUCAGUCAUGUCAUCAAACGCGUCGUUGUGGUCCGCAUGCACCGAGGAAGUGAAUAAAAUCGGUGUUUGUGCGAAGCGAGAGAGCAGAAAUCUUCGUGUUUAUAAGAUGAAGAGUUUCACAAGUAACAUGGAACAGAUAUUGUCAAACGACAACCAACUCGCUCCCACAGUCAUUAGAAUUCUGAAUAGUAGAAACUCUUGGUGUCUCAACUCGUGCCAUGCUUGUUUAACAUUUAUCAUGGAAAAUAUCACGAGCGACAAUUAUGGGAAGCGAUCGGCUUGCUUGAAGGCUCUUGCAUCAAUUACCAACAGUUUACUGGACACAAUCAUCGGAUUUGCAUCCACCAAAACUCGGCGAAUUGGAGUCGAUGUGGUAGCUGAAGAGCGAGCUGCAAAAGCAACAGAGUGCAUUCACAAUUUUCGCAAAAUAGUUAAAAAUCGGGACAAAAUCUACAAACAGAUUGACCAGGAGACAAUUUACAAACUCGAUGCCAUUCUCGAGCGAUUGAAAAAAGUUUCCAGCCAUAAGUAAUUUUCUUGUAAAUAAUUGCAUACUUAUUAUUCAACCGAUGGUUAUCACCCAACUCACUGUUUAUUUUAUUGCUCAUACAUUGUGUUUCUUACAUGUCCAAUAUAAAAACUAUCAUGUGC